GGAGCCGGGCGGAGGGGGCGAGCGCGGGGCGUGCGGGCGGGAAGCGAGGAGGCGGGCGGCGCGGGCCAGCGCGGAGCGCGAAGAGAAAAGGCGCGAGCGGUCCAGAGGGCACAGGCCGAACACCUCGCUGCUGCCGCCGCCGCCGAGCCGCCCUGUGCUGACUGAUCCAGCUCCAGGGCCACCGCCAUGUCGAGCCGGGGCGGGAAGAAGAAGUCUACCAAAACCUCCCGGUCCGCCAAGGCAGGAGUCAUCUUCCCUGUGGGGCGGAUGCUGCGGUACAUCAAGAAAGGGCACCCCAAGUACAGGAUCGGAGUGGGGGCGCCCGUGUACAUGGCCGCCGUCCUGGAGUACCUGACAGCGGAGAUUCUGGAGCUGGCUGGCAAUGCGGCGAGAGACAACAAGAAGGGGCGGGUCACGCCCCGGCACAUCCUGCUGGCCGUGGCCAAUGAUGAAGAGCUGAAUCAGCUGCUAAAAGGAGUCACCAUAGCCAGUGGUGGGGUGUUGCCAAACAUCCACCCGGAGUUACUAGCAAAGAAACGAGGAUCCAAAGGGAAGCUGGAAGCCAUCAUCACACCGCCCCCAGCCAAAAAGGCCAAGUCUCCAUCCCAGAAGAAGCCCGCGUCUAAGAAGACAGGAGGCAAGAAGGGGGCCCGGAAAUCCAAGAAGAAGCAGGGAGAAGUCAGCAAGGCAGCCAGUGCCGACAGCACGACUGAGGGCACGCCUGCCGACGGCUUCACAGUUCUCUCCACCAAGAGCCUCUUCCUCGGCCAGAAGUGACAGUCCUCCUGCGCACGUCAUUCAUUGCAAGUGCUCCUUGUCCCCCCGCCCCCUCCUGUCGCUAAUGGCACUCGGGCUUCAUGACGCAGUUCCAGUGGUGGCCUCUGUGUUCCGGCAAAUAACCAUUACAGUUUGCAUUUUAUAACCAUCAUCUGUAUUUUGUGUGCAUUUCUCCAAGAAAAAACUAAGCAGCACUAGUUGUCAUCUUAAGGUCUGGGGCCUUGAAAGUUCUGGUUUAAAAUAUUUAUUUAUUUAAACAAUAUCAACUCAGCAGUGAAGGCAACCACCUGGGUCUCCUCACACACCCUUUAACACAUCCUUCAGGUAAUGCACUGAAAGUCAUUGUGCCCUGUCGUCAAAUUGCUUGGGUUUGAGUGACAGUGUGGAAAGCCCUGCUAGUUAGAACUAGCUCCUGUGUGCCUCAAAUCCCAAUGCAGACGACUGUCCAGGACUUGGAAGCCCAUUGAGCAGGUAGGACAGUUCAGUCCCCUGGAGUCACCUUCUCCCUCACUCCUUCCUCAGCCCUGCCCCUGGGUGCCCUGUCCCUGGCCUCUCUACUUCCGGUGUUCUUCUUGCUACCUGCUGCCUGUGGGCUCCCCCAAAGUCAGCCUCAGAUCGGAACUCCUCACACCCUUUGAUGGAUGAGCACAAAUAUUUCCAAAACUGCAGCACUCAGCCCUACAAAUGGAGAUGCCCUUCUUGAUCUUGGGAUAAGGGUCUUGCCCGGGCUCUGCUGCCUGCGAGCCCUGGAAAGGAGGCAGCAAAGGCUGUCCUAUACCAAGCACUGCAGCCUUUUAAAAUGUUAUUAUGCACCUUAAUUUGGACUUGGAUUUUAGGAAAUGUUUCAAAAAGGGUCCUUGAGAAGGAUGACUGGAUGGUGAGGCCGUACAGUCCUAUGAGUCUUGUUUUUCCACCUGCGACGAUGAGACCAAGGCUUGAAUAUUGCGAGCAGGCCUGGGUGGAGAGAGGCGACACUGCUCCCUGCAGCUGCGUAAGGCAUGGUUGCUAAGCUACUCACAGGAGCAGCCGGCUGCACUCAGGAGGCUGGGAUCUCCUUGUUGAUGAUGAAUUUCACAUACUGAAGUCUCAGAAGUCAUCGCCCUUACUACGCUACAAUUUCACCCAGUGUUCACACACAUUGUGGAACCGUGUUCAGAAUCUGAAUCAGCUGAGAGUUUUUCUUUUGUAGUUCAGUGGAGAUUUGCAGCCCUUGUUAUUAGAGAUAAAAACCUGAUGAUUUUAUUUCCCCAAAA